AUGAUCCAAAGGAGCUUCCCUACUGGGUUCCUUUCUUUGGUACUUGCGACUCCUCUUCGCUUUACUCCGGAUGCUAACUGUCCAGGACAUGCGGCGGGCUUCUUCAAAGAUUACAAUGCGCUGGUGGAGUGCGGCAGGAAAUAUUGCGGAUAUACCAACGAACCGUUCGCUGUUACCAUCGCCGGACAGAUCAUGUACAUUAUCACCGCACCCCGCGAUCUGACCGGAGUUUACAAAAACACCGCAACAAUCUCAAUCGAUUCUGUUAGCAAAGGCAUGUACAGGUGGAUGGGCGUCUCUGAGGAAAGCGCCGAUAACAUGUUUGUCGCAAAUCCUCUCUCGAAAUACAACAGAUUGAGUAAUACACGUCCACUCAACGCGACAGAUAUCAUCAUCGAACUGCACCGUCAACAGGGACAGCCAGGAGGACAGCUCGAGCCGCUCUUCGAGAAGAGAAUCAAACCCGGAAUUUACAAGAAUUUGAAUUUGGACAGCCAUCCUGCCGUUAUGAGCAAGUCGAAGGAAUGGAUGACUGUUUCGCUCUUCGAGUGGUGCAACCACGUCUUCAUCCGCGGCACAACAGAGGCAUAUUUUGGGGAUAUCAUAUGGGAGAUCAAGCCCGACUUGACCCGGUGGUGUCUGGCAUGGGAGCGCACGAAUUGGAAGUACAUGUUUCAGCUCCCUGCGUUCUUAAGUCAGGACAUGCUGGAAGCCAAACGUGAGCUCAUCGAUACGUUUUUCAAGUUUGCCCAGUUUCCAAAGGAGCAGAAAUCACAACAGAGCUUUUUUGUCGAGGAGUUGGAGCAAUUGCUUCGCGCUACCAAGUUGAGCGAAAAAGAAGUGGCUGGAAUGAUAGCGCUUCACUACUGGGUGGUCUUUGCCAACGUUUACAAAGUUGCGUUCUGGAUUGUUGCACAUUUGGUUCGGGAUCCGGCGCUUCUCGAAUCCAUCCGUUCUGAGAUACUACCAUCUGUCAAUGGAAAAAAUGUCGAUGAGGAGUACCUAGCAGAUAAAUGUCCCAAGCUAGACUCUCUAUGGAGCGAAGUCCUUCGAAUGACUCUUGGGAGCGCGCUGGUACGUGACAUCGUCAGUCCUACUAUCGUUGCGGGAAAAACUCUCCACGAGGGGAAUAAACUCAUGGUUCCAUAUCGCCACCUGCAUGUUAAUACCGAUGUCUGGGGUCCCACUCCAACGGUAAUCCAGCCCGAACGCUUUCUGCACGACAAGACCCUCAAAAGCAAUGCGAGUUACAGGCCAUGGGGAGGUGGAAAUACACUAUGCCCGGGACGAUUUUUCUCGCGGAGAUAUGUCUUCAUGUUCAUUGCAUUGCUGCUCAGCCGGUAUGAUGUCCGUUUGGAGAAGUAUGUGGACGCGAAAGGUUCUUCUUUGCCUUUUCCAAGGGCAAACUUCACGAAGCCGUCUCCUGGGGCAGUUGAUGUUCAGGAAGGGGAUGAUGCUAUUCUUUCCCUGAGAAGAAGGUGA